AUGGAAGCUUACAGCAAGAGAUCUUCGUUUUUGAAACGAAGCCCUGCGCGCUGGUCACCCUUCAGUGUUGGUACCGGCACUGGCAUGGGAUGCGCGUACGGCUGGGAGUUUAGAAGUAAUGGAAGCUUACAGCAAGAGAUCUUCGUUUUUGAAACGAAGCCCUGCGCGCUGGUCACCCUUCAGUGUUGGUACCGGCACUGGCAUGGGAUGCGCCAAUGGGCUACUUUUGCUAGAGCCUGGUAUCUCCUCGAUGCCAAGAUGCAGCCACCAGGAAAAAUAGCAGCUGCGACUGUGAUGAGGCUUGAAGGCAGGCAUAAACCUAUUUAUCAUGCACUGAGUGACUGCGGAGAUCAUGUUGUCAUAAUAAAUACAAGACAUAUUGCUUUCUCUGGUAACAAAUGGGAACAGAAGGUAUAUUCUUCACAUACUGGCUAUCCUGGUGGUUUCAAACAAGUGACAGCAACUCAGCUCCAUUUGAAGGAUCCAACUGCUAUUGUUAAACUGACUGUUUAUAGAAUGCUUCCAAAAAACCUUCAGAGAAGAACAAUGAUGCAGAGGCUGCACCUCUUCCCAGAAGACGUUAUUCCAGAAGAUAUACAGAAGAAUCUUCUACAAGAGAUUCCUCAGCCACGUGCAGUCCCCAAGAGAUUAGAUGAAUAUACACCAGAAGAAAUUGCUGCCUUUCCAAAGGUUUGGACUCCGUAA